GCUUUACAGUUACGUUUUUGAAGCAAUUUAAUUUCAGUUACAUGGGUAAUCGAGAAUAGGUUAAAUGUAGAGGCUGACAACAGUGUCUUAAAAUAGUUUGUUACUUCGAUUAUCAUUGUUAACAUUCUUUAAACGUUUAUUUUACGGUCAGUGACAUUUGAAGUUGACAAGGUUAUUUGGAAUACUUGUUUACGGAACGGCAACAAUAUGACACAACCUAAUAUCACCGCAGCUGCAAAUAUUCCAACAACAACCUUUACAUUUAGAGCCACAGGUGCUGGAGAUGCAUUAAAACCAACAGGAUUUUCAUUGAUACAGUCACCAGCACAAAAUAAACCUGGUCUUAUGUUUGGUCCUGGGUUGAGUACUACACCAGUUCAGGGGACUGGGUUUGGUUUUGGGACACCUGCUGCAGCUCCUGUUAAUACUGCAAUACCACAAACAUCUGGAUUAACUUUUGGCACAAGUGUAGCUGCAAAUACUGGGAUAACUCCCGGUGCAACUAAUAUUGUAUCACCUAAAGCUUUUCCCGCACCAGCACCAGUUGGAAGUACUCCAAGUUUUAGUUUAGGAGGCACCCCCACUGCCACAACAACAGCACCACCUGCAUCAGGUUUUGGAGCCAAACCACUUACAGGUGGAUUUUCCUUGGGUGGUGGUCUAGCUGCUUCAACUGCUCCCACAACUGGUUUAACAUUUGGGACAUCAAACACAAUAGCAGCAGGCACUGGAUUUACUCUUGGUACAGCACCUGCUGCAACAACAACAACAGCUACAACAACUACAGCAGCAGCAGGUUUCUCUUUAAGUUCAAGUGGAACAACUUCUACAGCCACAGGAUUUACCUUUGGUACAGGAACAACUGCAGCAACUACAACAGGGUUCUCUUUAAACAAAACUUCUACCACUCCCAGCCUCACAACUCCUAGUACUCAACUGUCAUUAGGUACAACUACUACAGUAACUUCAUCCGCAAGUGUAGCAAGCCAUCCAGCUUCUAUAAAUUCAUUUGAAGACUCUAUCAAUAAAUGGACUUUAGAAUUGGAAGAACAGGAAAAGGUAUUUGUCAAUCAAGCUGCACAGGUAAAUGCUUGGGACAAAUUGCUUAUAACUAACGGAGAAAAAAUAGUCGGACUUAAUCAAGAAGUUGAAAGAGUGAAAAUUGAGCAGCAACAAUUGGAGCACGAAUUAGAUUAUGUUGUUGGCCAACAAAAGGAAUUGCAAGAUUGUUUAGUACCACUGGAAAAAGAAUUAGCGUCACUUUCGGUUUCGGACCCAGAAAGAGAAUACACUUACCGUUUAGCAGAAGACCUCGAUACUCAACUAAAACGAAUGUCGGAAGAUUUGAAGGAAAUUAUAGAACACUUAAAUCAAGCCAAUCGUACUCAAGACUCUAGCGAUCCAAUCGUUCAAAUUGGUAAAAUAUUGAACGCGCACAUGAAUAGUUUGCAAUGGUUAGACCAACAAACAGCCUUACUUAAUCAGAAAAUACAACAGAUUGAUCAGAUGCAUCAAAACUUUAGACAGGAAAAUGAACGAAGUUUCAAUUUAGCGUAUAAUUAAUUCUAAUUACCGAAUAACCGUUCAGUGCAGAGUUUGUACACUUCUUUGCGAAACGCCCACUUUAUGGCAAUUGUUUUUAUGCAUUAAGAAGGAAAAAGGAAUAAAGUAAGGGAAGACAAAUUAUAUAAAAAA